AGGAAUUCACAGUAAACCAGUUCAUCAUACUACACUUAUUCUCUCUCUUCUUGCAGAAAAAAAACAACUACUUAUUAUCUCCCUGUUUCAGUAGUGUUCAGAAUUGAUUCAUUAAUUUGUCUCUGUAACUGAUUCAAAGUUUAUAUAGAUGAAAUGAAGUUUGCUUUGGAUAAAAAUCCCCAGCCAUCAUCGCCGGUAUCAGUUUUCUUCUUCUGCUGCUGCUGCUGUUAUCUCUACAUCAUCACUAGUACUCUGUUGUUCAAUAUAUCAGAAGCUCAGACUACUGACCCAGUUGAAGUGAGAGCUUUAAAUUCCAUUUUCCAGCAAUGGAAUACCAAAGCUGGUUCUUUGUGGAACAUAAGUGGGGAGCCAUGCAGUGGACUUGCAUUAGGCCAAACAGGUAUAGAGGAUAACCCCAAUUUCAACCCGGGGAUCAAAUGCACUUGUGGAGCCUCUAAUGCAUCCACUUGCCACAUUACUCACCUGAGAGUUUAUGCAGCAAACAUAAGAGGCGUGAUUCCAGAAGAGCUUGCAAAUUUGACUUUUCUCACCUAUCUGAAGUUGGAUCAAAAUUUCUUAACAGGCCCCAUACCUGCAUUUCUUGGCAGUUUAUCUUCGCUAGAAAUUUUGUCACUGGGUAUUAAUUCCCUAUCAGGAACUGUUCCCAAGGAGCUUGGAAAUCUGCAGAAAUUAACAUUACUGGCUUUUGGUUCAAAUAACUUAUCUGGGUCACUCCCUCCUCAGCUUGGGUCUUUAACCAAUCUUGAUCAGAUUUACAUCGACAGUUCUGGAGUGGGUGGAGAGAUACCUCCGACAUUUGCUAGCCUAGUAAACAUGAAAACCGUGUGGGCUUCAGACAAUGCUUUCACAGGCAAGAUACCUGAUUUCAUUGGCAAUUGGUCCAAACUAACCUCCUUGAGAUUUCAAGGGAAUUCUUUCGAAGGGCCUAUUCCACCCAGCUUAUCUAAUUUGACUUUGUUAACUGACCUGAGAAUUAGUGACUUGUCUAACAUAAGCUCAUCGUUGGAUUUUAUCAAGGGCAUGAAGAAAUUAACCGUCUUAGUUUUGAGAAACAAUUUGAUAUCUGGUGGUAUCCCAUCCAACGUGGGAGAGUAUGGAGAAUUACAGAGGCUUGAUCUGAGCUUUAACAACUUAACUGGACGCAUUCCAGCGGCUCUCUUCAAUUUGAGUUCUCUUUCUAACUUGUUUCUGGGAAACAAUAGCCUGUCUGGUAUCCUUCCGCCCCAAAAGAGUUCAAGUCUUCGCACUGUAGAUUUGUCGUACAAUCAACUAUCAGGAAGUUUUCCUUCCUGGGUAACCCAGCAAAACACAUCACUGAAUUUGGUCGCAAAUAAUUUUCCAGAUGAUAUCUUGAGAAAUAGUGUUCCAGCUUCAGGAUUGAAUUGCCUUCAACGAAAUUUUUCUUGCAAUAGAGAUCCUCCUCGCUACUCCUCUUUCGCGAUCAAGUGUGGUGGCUCAAAUAUGAGAUCUUCAGAUGGUAUAGAUUUUGAGGCAGACAACGCAACCCUUGGUGCAGCAUCAUUUAAUCUUACUAAUACUAGGAGAUGGGCCGUUAGCAAUGUCGGUCUGUUUGCUGAAAGAGAAGGAGCUCAGUAUACCCUAAAUACUCUUUCUCAGAUAACGGGUACUUUAGACUCGGAGCUGUUUCAGACAUCCAGGAUAUCAGGAGGAUCACUAAGAUACUACGGCCUUGGUCUUGAGAACGGACCGUACAAUGUCAACCUGCGAUUUGCGGAGACAGAUUAUAAAGAUCCCAGCACCCUCACAUGGGAGAGUCUUGGAAGACGUGUUUUCGAUAUUUAUCUUCAGGGGAAUAGGCUUGUGAAGGAUUUUGAUAUAAGAAAGGAGGCAGGUGGGGCCUCUAAUAGAGCUGUUGAGAAGAAUUACAAGGUUCAGGUAUCUCAGAACUACCUUGAGAUUCAUCUUUUUUGGGCCGGGAAAGGGACUUGCUGCAUACCUAAGCAAGGUUCUUACGGACCAUCCAUUUCUGCAAUUAGUGUUACACCAGAUUUUCAACCAACUGUCAGUAACCUUCCUCCAGCUGCUCCCAAAAAGAGCAAGACUGGUCUAAUUGUCGGCAUCGUAGUUUCUGUUGCGGUGUUGAGCUUGAUUGCCAUAUUUGCGGUGUUUUAUUGUAGAAGGAAAAGGUCAGAUAUCGAUGAAGAAGAAGAGCUUCUAGGGAUAGAGAACAGGCCAAAUAUGUUUACUUAUGCAGAACUGAAAAAUGCUACGGAUGACUUCAAUUCUGCAAACAAGCUAGGAGAGGGAGGAUUUGGAUCUGUUUACAAGGGCACACUUACUGAUGGCAGAGCAGUUGCUGUUAAGCAACUUUCUGUAGCUUCUCAUCAAGGAAAAAGCCAGUUUGUGGCAGAGAUUGCUACCAUAUCUUCUGUACAGCACCGCCACCUUGUGAAAUUGUAUGGGUGCUGCAUUGAGGGGGCAAAUCGUCUCCUGGUUUAUGAGUAUCUCGAACACAGAAGCCUAGAUCAAGCACUCUUUGGAAAGAGUGGCUUACACCUCAGUUGGCCAACCCGCUAUGAAAUUUGCUUGGGAGCAGCAAGAGCCCUAGCUUAUCUUCAUGAAGAGUCGAGACCAAGAAUUGUACAUAGAGAUGUCAAAGCCAGUAAUAUUCUUCUCGACACUGAUCUAAACCCCAAAAUUUCAGAUUUUGGUUUGGCAAAGUUAUAUGAUGACAAAAAAACCCAUAUUAGUACCCGAGUGGCAGGAACAAUAGGAUAUCUUGCCCCAGAAUAUGCCAUGCGUGGACAUCUUACAGAGAAAGCUGAUGUAUUUGGAUUUGGUGUUGUCGCGCUGGAGAUUCUUAGUGGUCGACCAAAUUGUGACACAGACUUGGACCAAGAUAAAAUAUAUCUUCUGGAAUGGGCUUGGAGUCUACAUGAAAAGAAUCGUUCAUUGGAACUGGUGGACCCAUCAUUAGCUGAUUUUGACAAAGGAGAAGCUAUGCGUAUGAUUGGAGUAGCCUUUUUGUGCACUCAGGCAUCACCAGGGUUACGGCCAGCAAUGUCUCGUGUGGUGGGUAUGCUGUCAGGUGACGUUGAAGUAAGCACCGUUACAUCAAAACCUAGUUAUAUUACAGACUGGCAGUUCAGUGAUAUGAGCUCUUUUAUUAACGAUGAUGAUUCACUAUCAUUUGCAUCAAAAACUACAAAUACCCAACUCGACACGUCAACUGAUACAAGCAUGAUAGCUGGCAGAGAUCGGUCACCAGCAACAAGUCAACCCAUGCUGCAAGAGACUAUUGGUGAGGGGAGGUAAAAAUAAUUUUGUGUUCCUGUAUUAAUGUAUUAUAAGUGUAUGUCCAGGGGCGAAACUUUGCAAUAUUAUUGUGUAUCAAACACAAAGUUCCUUGCUGGAAGUGCUUAGAUUUCUCAUUCUUAUUUACUGUGUGUGUUGUGUUGUGUGUGAAGUAUGAACUUCUGCUGUGAACAUGCAGAAAAAAUCUUUUCGUUUUUGGUACAGUAUGUUCGCAAACUGUAAAUUUGGUAUAAUUUGUUUCUAGAAUUGAUAAUCAACUUUUAUCCUGGUUC